UAGACGUCCGAAGCUCGUGUAGUACGUGUCAAAAUCUUUAUACACACAAGGAUGUCGGCCACUACUACACAGCGUCUGGUGCCUAUUCGGCCGUCACCUCACAAAUCCGUCACGACAGUGUCCAAAAGCGUGACUGUGAUCACCACGACGGCUUCGCCGGGGACCUUAACACCCCCGAAGACAGGUCUGAAAAGAAAAUUGGAGGAAGAGGCCAAUGCCGAGCCAGUGAAGUGCAAACGGAGAAUCAACUUUGGCGUCGGGUACGUAGUGUCGCCAGCGCCUGUGGCCGUCGCCAGGCGAAACGCCCGCGAGAGGAACAGAGUUAAACAAGUGAACAACGGCUUCGCCACCCUCCGCCAGCACAUCCCAGGGGCGGCCAAAGCCAAGAAGAUCAGUAAAGUGGAAACACUGAAACAGGCCGUCGAGUACAUCCGAUCCCUUCAGGAGCUGCUGGAGGAUCACGACGCCCUCAUGCAUCGCACGAAUUCCCUCGUGACGUCCCAGCAGUCGUCGCCGGCACCCAAAGCCCCCUCCAUCCCUUACACGAACGCCGUGGCGCCCACUACCGUCAUAUCCCAGUCUCAGUACAGGGUGCCCCAGUACCUCGGUUACUACUACAGUGAAAACGUGUCCCCCGUACCUGCGUCAGUGUAUCCUGCCAGUGCCGCAGCCGUGUCCCCGACCUGUAGCGACGCAGCGGUAUCACCCACGCCCUCCUACGACUCGACGUUUUCUGCUCCCGAAAUCACGACGGCGACGCCGGCAGGAGUCGUCACCAGCAUCAGCAGUAUAUUCCCCUCGAGCAACUUGGCCCUUCCCAUCCACAACGGGGACAACGGGUCUCCCGCGGCGCUGCCUGAUACUUAUGUCGAUCCUCUAAUAGACACCUACGACGCCGUUGGAGCUGCCGAGGACGAUGACGUCCUUCUUGACGCCAUCGCCCUAUGGCAACAGUGUCAGUAACGGGAAGGGCGUCUCUCGCUCCUUCGUCUUCCUCUUCUUCUAGGACCGUGUGGAAUAAAGGUAAUCUAGUCAUGCUUGUCUAUAUCACCGUGUACUGCUGGUCAACUACCCAGGAGAUUCAGUCAAUUUAUGCCUCUAUGACGAGCUAUUUUAUUCUCCUUAUCAAGUUCUAACUCAACGAACGGCCUAAAGUAUCCUUUCUCCUAUUCUGUGGAUUCUAAUCAAGCUCCCAGAACACCUGGAUGGUGCAGUGAAAGUGAAAAAAGAAAAGAAAAUCCUUUCGGGAGAUUUUUUUCCACGAAAAGAACGCUGACUUGGAAGGCAACGAAUGUAUGUGCGUCCGUCCAGAGAUAUGCUUCCAAGUGCCCUUUGCCGUAGCUCACCUGGUUUACCCAACAAGCAGCCUAGAAGGCCUGGAAGUUACUUGGAACUGCAGACUUCUGUCCGUGGAAACGUGGAUGAAGACAUCUCUCUCUCUUCUUUCCCUGGGACCAGUCCAUGUGUGUGCGUGCAUCUCUCUCUUUAGAAUCCUUUUUAAAGAGAAAAUCCACAAUGGUCCCAAAUGGCUCUCGGAAAGUGGACCACUACGGAGUAGGUGCCUCCCAGAAGACGAGGGAAAAAGAAAAAGGGCGGGGAAAAAGUGGCCUGCCCACUUUCUAAUGCUAAUAAUAAUCGGAUGGAAUUCCUAUCUAGAGGACGGCUGGAAGCGAGUGAUGGAUCUGUAUCUCGAGAAGGCCAAGUCAGGCAACCAAGAUGGACUACUUAAAAGACAGAACGAAGACCAAAGCAGCACAUCUCCAUCCAACUUGCUGAAAAGUGGAAAAACAUAUUUUUAAGACCAGCUUGAGGAAAGAAGGUGCAAGAAUGAAAAAUCUAGGUUUUGUUUUACUGUCAGACAUCUUCCAAGUGCAAAAUUGAUGAUGGAUACACGAAGGCAGAUAAACAACGUAUUAUAAUUUUAUCUCCAGUUAUGAAAAUUAAGGAAAAUUGAUUUUCAUAUGAUGGGAAGCGUGACAAUAUGACGAAGAUGUGCGAACUGCAUUUCCAAUUACUACUAUUUUUGUGCUACUGAAAAGUUCCCUUAUGAAAUAAAAGCAGAAUAUUUAUCUAUGUUUUGGGAUUGUCAAGUCACAAAAAGGGAAAUUAUUUGUUUUAUUUUAGUAUUUGUGAAUGUCUAGUCAUCAGAGCAGCAGAGCUUAAAUAAGACAUAAAAAUACUGAUGCCAAAGGUUUCUUCCUGUGUUUUGGCUGACAUAGCAUGGCAGAUCAACCCAUGAUUUGUUUUUCCUAUUAACUCUAAAGACUUGUAAUUAUAUUUAUACAUAAGAUAACAAAACUAGUUCAGUGGCUCAAAAUCCCACCCUUCUAAAAAAGACACUUCAUUAUUAUAUAAACUAUUAGCAUUUCUCAUAUCUAUUUAUUUUAAUUUAAAAUCCUCUCAUUACUCAGGAAAUGACUUUUCCACAAACCUGAUCUGAUUAUGCAUAUCAUCGGGAAAUCAACAAAAGUAUGUUUGCAUGAUGUGAAUACACAUGCAUAUACAUAUGUAGACAAGGUAGAUCUUUGGAUUUCUGCGUGCUAUUACUUCCAAAAAUGGCAGGAGUUCCUCAGAGAGGUUGAAGAUGUAUUUUUAAAUGUUACUUGUAUACCAAAACAUUUUUUGACACUACUAAAGACAAGUUUUUAACCCCCCAUGUAUUUUUGUAAGGUGAUUCUCAUUUCGGUAAGCUGUUUACUGAUUACACAUAUUAUACAUAUAUAUAUAUCUAUAUCUAUUUUAUAUACCAUUAACAGAGCUUCCUAACUCAUGCAAAGAAAAUGGCACUUAUUCCUCCGUGCCGUGUGGUCGUAAACUGCAUCUCAUCCAAGUGCCUUAACUAUGGAGUGAUCUCUUAAUGCUUCUACAUAUAUUAUAUAUACGAUUAUAACGUUGAUGUCUUUUCUCUUGAGAUGGGGGAGCAAACCAGCCAAUCAGAACUCGCGUCAGAUAGACAUGGGAUGUGAUUGACUAGUGGCUCUCCCUUGACCACUAUGGUCUACCAUCCUUUCGUCUAAACAUUUUCCUUAUGUGCCUUAUGUAGUGCUUUAUAAUUGUUAACUAACAAACUGAAUUAUUAUGUUGACACUUUUGGAUUAAAGGUUCUUUUUUCCUUCGUACAAUGCGAUCUCUAUUUGUGACAAGUUUAUUAGUUAUAAUUUUGACUAAGGUAAACGAUGUUUAUUGAUCUCUUUGAAGUUAUAUAUCUGUUUUUUGUUGCUCAAAAGUGCCUUAGGCUACGUCAAUGCUAUGUUAGAAAGAAUCGACCAGUAUUUCUCUUAAUGUUAAGUAAAUUUGAGGAGGGGCUAUUAUGAUUAAUGUGAAUAUGGAAGACACAGACAUGUAAUUUUUUAUUUAGUUUUAGGCAACGGGCAUUUAUUAUGAACCAUAAAUUCACAUACAUUGUAUUGUAAUGCAUAUCCUAAUGAUAACUGAUUCAGACAUCAUUAGAUUCCUUGAAAUUUUGUCGUAUUGCAGUUGCAGUUACAGUUCUCAUUUCCAAAUUGCAAUGACUUAAAAAAAUAUUCCGCAAAUUUUCCGAUCAUGGGCUACUCUCAUUUACAAAAAUUUGCUCUCAACUUGUGUAAAAUUUAUAUCUAAAACAUUCCACGCAAUUUGUCUCAGUGUACAAAAUUUAUAUCAGCAAACAUUCCAUACUCAAUGAGCCUUAAACAUAUGGUGGUGCAUAGGUGUUGGCUAUGAUGUUAUAUGUAUAUUUGUUAAAAAAGAAAAAGGUUAACAUUUGUGUUCAGUGACAUUUAUGUUGAAUGUAUGACGGUUGUACCACUGAACUAUAUGAUUCUCGUCUUUUGAUGUAUAGUCUUGAGUUAUAAGACUCAAGUCACUUUACUCCUGUGUAUAUAUUGUACAAAAUCAUUUUUUUAUCUCAUAGGUAUGAUAGGCUUUUGUUAUAUAUAAUAAAGGCAAUGCUUUAUAAGUCAA